GCCCGCCUGGCGCAUGCGCGCUGCAUUGUUUUGACUGAAAAUGCCGUCGGUUUCGAAAGCGGCGGCGGCGGCGCUGAGCGGGUCCCCCCCGCAGACGGAGAAGCCGACCCACUACAGGUAUCUAAAGGAGUUUAGGACAGAGCAGUGCGCCCUGUUUGUGCAGCACAAGUGCGCCCAGCACAGGCCAUUUACCUGUUUCCAUUGGCAUUUCCUAAAUCAGCGUCGGCGCAGACCGCUCCGCAGGCGGGACGGCACCUUCAACUACAGUCCGGACGUGUACUGCUCCAAGUACGACGAGGCCAGCGGCGUGUGCCCCGACGGCGACGAGUGUCCGUACCUGCACCGGACGACCGGGGACACUGAGCGCAAGUACCACCUGCGUUACUACAAGACGGGCACGUGCAUCCACGAGACGGAUGCCCGGGGCCACUGCGUGAAGAACGGGCUGCACUGCGCCUUUGCUCACGGCCCGCUGGACCUGCGGCCACCCGUGUGUGACAUCAGGGAGCUCCAGGCCCAGGAAGCGUUGCAGAACGGCCAGCUCUGCGGUGCGGAUGGCAUCCCUGACCUGCAGCCCGGGGUCUUGGCCAGCCAGGCCAUGAUUGAGAAGAUCCUGGGUGAGGACCCCCGGUGGCAAGACACUAACUUCGUGCUGGGCAGCUACAAGACGGAGCAGUGCCCGAAGCCCCCGCGCCUGUGUCGCCAGGGCUACGCGUGUCCGCACUACCACAACAGCCGGGACCGACGGCGAAACCCCAGGAGGUUCCAGUACAGGUCCACCCCGUGUCCCAGCGUGAAGCACGGUGACGAGUGGGGCGAGCCCGCGAGGUGUGACAGCGGGGACAGCUGUCAGUACUGCCAUUCUCGCGCGGAGCAGCAGUUCCACCCCGAGAUCUACAAAUCCACCAAGUGCAACGAUAUGCGCCAAACCGGUUACUGCCCGCGGGGUCCCUUCUGCGCCUUCGCACACGUGGACAAGAGCCUCGGGAUGGCCAAUGGCUGGGGCUGCCGAGACCUGGCUCCCGCCCCCACCAGCAGCUCCGCGGCCAGCAGCGGCCAGCCUGCACACGCAAAGCGGAGAGGGUCCCCUGCUGAGGGCAGCCACCGGCCCAGCGAGCAGGAUGGCAAGCAGAACCACCUGUCAGUGUCUGCAGUGGCUCACCCACUCGCCCACAGCGUGGGUUCCAGCGUGGCGUCCAGCCUGGCAUCCAGCGCCGGCUCCGGCAGCUCCUCCCCGACCGCCCUGCCCACCCUCCCGGCCCGCGCCCCGCUCGAGCCCCCUGGCGGUGCUGCCGAGCCCCCCCCAGGUUCUGCUCUGGAGCUUCAUCUCUGUGAUGUCGGCCUCACAGCUCUAAACAGAGAGCUGGAAGAGCAUGACAGUGGCGACCUGGGCCCGACAGGUCCGAGGUCACUGGGGGGCUCAGCACCCGUCAGCAUCCCGGGCUGCCUGCCCCGCUCCCCAUCCCUGCACUCGUCCUCAUCGCUGUCCACCUCCCCGCUCAGCUCGCUCUCCCAGUCCCUGUCGGGGCCACUCGUCUCCUCAGCCAUGACGCCCCCCCAGCAGCCGCCGGCCCUCAGAUCGGAGCCUGGAGCGCUGGGCUCCUCAGCCGCGUCCUACAGCUCCUUAGGCUUGAACGGCGUCCCCGGGAGCAUCUGGGACUUUGUUUCCGGCAGCUUUUCUCCCAGCCCGUCCCCCAUCCUGAACACCGGCCCUGCCCCUUCCUCAAGUGCGAGUCCGAACAGUGCGGAGCUGGCCCGCGUCAGGCGGCAGCUGGACGAGGCCAAGAGGAAGAUCAGGCAGUGGGAGGAGUCCUGGCAGCAGGUGCAGCAGGUGAGCACGGGUGGGGGCGGGGCAGGCGCGCCUGCAAGGGGGGCACCCCGUGCUGCUGCUGCAGCCCGCCACUGCCCCGGGUUUCAGGCCUGUGACGCGUGGCGACGGGAGGCGAAGGAGGCGAAGGAGCGGGCCCUGGCCGCAGACAGUGCGCGGGACCUGGCGCUGCAGAAGAAGGAGGAGGUGGAGGCCCAGUUCCGGCGGCUCCGGGAAGAGCUGGAGGGCCGGGGGCUGCAGCGCUGUGCUGACCUGGGCGCCGUCCCUCUCCCCAAGCUGCACUCCCUGCAAAGUCAGCUGCGCCUGGACUUGGAAGCCGUGGAUGGGGUGAUCUUCCAGCUGCGAGCGAAGCAGUGCGCUGUGUGCCGGGAGCGGGCCCGCGGCGCCGUCCUCCAGCCUUGCCAGCACCGUGUGCUCUGUGAGCCGUGCGCCGCGGGCGCGCCCCCUUGCCCCUACUGCGAGGGCCAGCCCCUCCCAUGGUGACUGCUCCGGCGCCCCCACCCCGGGCUCCGGCCUGCUUCUCUCGAACCUCACGGGCGCACCCCCAGAGCCCACCCGGCCGGCCCCACGGGCUCGGGAAUGACGCACUGUGACCCUGCCAAGCACUUUGUAAACCGGGGGCGUUAGACAUUGAGUUGGUAUAAGCUGCUUUUUAGGUUCGUGUUUUUUUAAUAUGCGAUAAUGCGAAGCUUUGUAUGUGAACUGUGAACUUACACCAUUUCCUAUCAGUUUAUUGUUAAUUCAUGGUAUGGUAAAGGUCUUAGAUUUCUUAUCCUGAAAUUAGUACUUAUGAAAUGAGCGUUUAUCUAGUAGUGAGAAAUGCCUAGGAUUUUUUAUAGUUUUCAAAUUGUGCAAAUAGUAUUUAUAGCAGUGAUACCGAAAGACACAGAAGUUUUUAAUUUUGUGAAAGGGACUCCUAAUUGCGUACACACGCACAUUAAUUGGAGUUUUAUAUUCCAGGACCAUGCAGUGGCGCUGAGCCCGAUCGUGCUCCGUGACCUGCGGCCGCUUUUCUAAGUGCCUGAGCCUCGCACAAGGGGCGGAGGGCGCCCUUCCCUUGGGUUUGUGUGUUCCUCUGAGGGGAAGUGCGGCCCAGGGCCCCAAUGGCGGAGGCUCUCACAUUAACUUCACAAAGCCGUGCCUGAGCCUCUGUAGCCUCGCGAGCCUGCUGGGAGGGUGUCCUGGCUCCCCCUUGGGCGGCCUGAGGCCAGAGGCUUGCCCACGGCCGCUCCCUGCAGCCGGAUGGAUGCCAGCUUGCAGGGGUGAGGCUUCCAGGCUGCAGGGUAGCCUGGCGAUUACCAGAGCCACCCCGGUGACCCCGGGCUUGCAGAGAGCGCCUGGCCGUGGCAGAAAUGCUCCUGAGAACAGGUGUGGUUUUGGUGAGGACUUGAAUCUUCUCUGGUCUGCAUUGGGUCAUUUUCCCUAGAAAUCUGGGGAGAAGCAAAGGAUGUCUGUAGUUGACCCAGACUUUGUUCUCCGUGCGGCAGCCGUAGCUGGCCCUCUGGCCUGGAAGUCUCGGCCCACCCGUGGCUUUGCCAAAGACGUUUAAUAGCAUUUUGUAAAGUGCAAAGUGGCUCAGUAAAAAUUUUUAUCAGUAACCAAAUAUUUACUAUAGUAAGAGGUUGAAAACCUUUUUUAACGUAAGACACACCGAUAGCUCUGUUUAAAGGUGGAUCCAUGACGUUCUGCAGCUAGUCCACUACUAAAGGUGACUAUUGAGUUGGUUUUAGUGAAUCUACUUUGUUUUUAAUGAUAGUGAUGAUUAGCUCUUAGAAAUGACAUAUUUUGUGCUACUGUUACCACCGUUUAAAAUUAUUUUUAUUAAUAUUUAUGCACUUGUUUCCCAUUUCAGGCCUAUGGUCUUCUUUGGGAAACAGGACAAUGUUUAUUACCAAUAAGUAGCCUAGACAUUUUCAAAUUAUAAACAAUUAAGGACAGUUAAGCUUGAGGUCUAUAAGCUACUCUGGUCGGUUCUUAGUGAGACUGGAGCUGUGGCACUGUGGGGACGACCUCCCCCCCCCCCCCCCCCCCCCCGGUACGUGCGCUGAGGCCAGGUGUGCUGCGAGGACCCCCAAGAAUCUCGCAAGUGGAACUCUUAGGGCCCCCAGGGGACUGCUCGUUGGGUCCUCCCCACCUGUGUCUUGGUGGCCUAGGCCCUCCGAGGGAGCCUUCCCUGCCCCGCAGGCAUCCCGGGGCCUCGCCGUCCUCGGUUUGGCUGUCGUUCUGCCUCUUGGCUCUCGUGGUCUCGGUCCAGCCUCCGCUGUUUGUCUAACUGGGGUCGCAGGAGACCUCGGCUCAGUGUGGAUGCUUCAUGUGGAUUAAUUUAUGGAAGCCUCGAUCUAGGUUUGUUCUGAGUAUUUAGAUGAGAAUGUUACUGGAAUGGAACUUUCUUAACCCAGAAGGUAGUAUUUAUAAUGCAUAAUCAUUUACUUGUAGUGAAUUGUUUCAAGUUAACACUUGUUUAAAUUUUUUUACACUACAGCAUUUAUGCAAUGGUUUACAGAAUUCAUGCAAUUAUUUUUAUCAGUACAGGAAUUAAAACUUUGCAUCUUUA